GGCACACAGGUUUUUGAAAUUACAUCUGCACUGUAAUGAGAAUUUUCACUUUUGUCUCUGAAAACAGAAAUAGUCACUUUUUUUUUAGCACUUUUUACCCUAAACCUUUCUGUUAUUCAGAACCCCCUUUGCUAUGGAGAAGACAUAUUCAUUAACUGCCCAUUAUGACGAGUUCCAGGAAGUGAAAUAUGGCGGUCGCUACAGUAGUGACAUCCUCAGCAACGGGAUGACCCUUCACCUAGGGGGAAGCCUGGAUCGCCAUGUGGGACGAGGAAGAGGAGGGACCUGGUCAAAUAGUAGAAACAGAGAUCUUAGCAGCAACAGCAGCAGCGGCGGCCUUCCUCGGUGGAGCAGGAGAGAAAUCUGCCUCCUCUCAGCUUUGGUUUUUGCUGCAGGCAUGUGUGUCAUCCUGGGAAGCAUGUUGGCAUUCAAGUACAUUUCUCUGGAUGCCCAGCAGGACCCGCAGUGCAGACAGGACUGCCAACGCAAACGCUCCCUUCUGCGGGCAGCUCGCUUUGUUCAGGCCAAUAUUGACCCAACCAUCCAGCCCUGCCAAGACUUCUACUCCUUCGCCUGUGGUGGCUGGUUGAGGCGUCAUGGCAUCCCCGAGGACAAGCUCAGCUAUGGCAUCAUCACAGCUAUAGGAGAACACAAUGAGGAAAAACUACAGCGCCUCCUGCAGGAGCCGAUACGUAGGCAUGGGCCAAACUCGGCAGAACGCAAGGUGAAGGAGUUCUAUCGAUCCUGUGUCAACAUCCAGGAGAUUGACAAACUGGGGUCUGGCCCCAUGAUGGAGGUGAUAAACAGCUGUGGAGGAUGGGACCUGGUGGGGGCUCCUCCUGGUGCUGCUGGGUGGGAGAAGGAGGGUGCCCCACAGAGGCCAGAUUUCAAUGAGCUACUUUACAGGACACAGGGAGUGUACAGCACAGCUGUCUUCUUCUCACUCACUGUCAACGUGGAUGAUAAAAACUCCUCCAGGAAUGCCAUCAGGAUUGAUCAGGAGGGGCUCACACUGCCAGAGAGAAGUCUCUACCUGGAACAGGACGAGGAGAACGUGAAGAUCCUGGCGGCAUACAAGGCCCUGAUGGAGCGCUUGAUGAGCAUGCUGGGAGCUCACAACGCCACACAGAAGUCCAAAGAGAUUAUACAGCUGGAGACACGGCUGGCCAAUAUCACCAUGUCAGAAUACGACGACCAAAGAAAAGACAUCAGCUCCAUGUACAACCGCAUCGCCCUCAAGCAGCUGCAGCGCAUUGCUCCUAGUCUUCACUGGAAACGUUUGCUGGACCGAAUUUUCCAUGACAACUUCUCUGAAGACGAAGAGAUUGUGGUGCUCGCCACUGAUUACAUACAGAAAGUCUCCGACAUCAUCAAGACAACUUCAAAGAGAGUUCUCCAUAACUACAUGUUGUGGCGCAUCGUGGCGGCGCUAAGUGAACACCUGUCCACUGCCUUCCGAAGCACCAUCCAUGAGUUUUCUCGGGAGAUAGACGGCACAGAGCAGCAGCUGGAACUGGGCCGACUCUGCCUGACUCAGGCCAACAAACACUUUGGCAUGGCUCUGGGAGCGCUGUUUGUCCAGAAACACUUUUCUUCUCAGAGCAAAGCCAAGGUACAGGAGCUGGUGGAGGACAUAAAGCAUUCCUUAGAUCUUCGGCUGCAGGAGUUGGACUGGAUGGAUGAGACCACCAAAGAGGCUGCCAGAGCAAAGCUCAAGUACAUGAUGGUAAUGACAGGAUACCCAGACUUCUUGCUCAAACCUGAGCUCAUUGAUCAAGAAUAUGGGUUUGAUGUAAACGAGAAGACCUACUUCAAGAAUAUCCUCAACAGUAUCAAGUUCAACAUCAAGCUGUCUGUCAAGAAAAUACAUGAAGAAGUAGACAAGACAGCGUGGCUUCUCCCCCCGCAGGCUCUUAAUGCCUACUACCUUCCUAACAAGAAUCAAAUGGUAUUUCCUGCUGGUAUCCUUCAGCCUACACUCUACAAUCCUGAAUUUCCACAAUCUUUGAACUAUGGAGGAAUUGGAGCUAUCAUUGGACAUGAGCUAACACAUGGAUAUGAUGACUGGGGGGGCCAGUAUGAUCGUCAUGGCAACCUCAAACAGUGGUGGACUGAGGAGUCUUAUCGCAAGUUCCAGAGGAAGGCUGAAUGCAUCGUCAAGCUCUACGAUAACUUCACUGUGUAUAACCAAAGGGUGAAUGGCCGUCUGACACUAGGGGAGAACAUAGCAGACAUGGGAGGACUGAAGUUAUCUUACUAUGCAUAUCAGAAGUGGGUGAGGGAACAUGGUCCAGAGAGACUCCUGCCCGGCUUAAAGUAUACUCAUGAACAGCUGCUCUUCAUUGCCUUUGCACAGAAAGUGAUGAUGCCACGUAGCAAACCUGCCGAGAGUCGUCCAUCAAAAGUCACGAACCUGUGCGGAAGGCAGGGAAACAUCGAGAAGGCCAACAUCAACCCUGAUGGAGCCGAGCAGAGACAGCAGGAUCUGUUCAUAGAACCACUACAAGCUGCGGAGCUGGACUUCAUGGACGGCUGGCAGAACAAUGACAAACAUCGUUUUAACUCUUAA